CAGCGAGAAUCUUGUUUAUUUCUGGACACCUGUUUCUAUAAAAGGCUUUUCUCAGACUGGCACAAAGACUACUGAAAUCAGCCAUCCUGAAUCAUCUGGACAAAAUAUGAAAUUCUUUGGCAUAAUUGUUUCUUUCUUCAUUCUCUUCACCCUUACUGCUCUUCAGAAUGCAGGAGCUCAAGACUCUUGUUCACAGCAAUGUGGGGAGCUGCUUAGUACGUGUUCUUGCCAGGUGACAUGCCAGUCCUUGGGGAAUUGCUGCCCUGAUUAUAAAGAAUUUUGUCUGCAGAUUUCUCCAUACUCAGGAUCUCUGAUGGGAGGCAAAGCCUUUUUGCUUGAAAAUACAGCUUUUAAUACCUCUUCUAUGCUAACAUGCAGGUUCAAGGAGGAAAUCGAAACCAGAGGCUAUAUUGCUGAGGAUGGGAAAGCCCACUGCAUCUCCCCGUUGCUUUAUGAGACUGGUUUCAUCCCUUUUGAAGUUUCUAUAGAUAAUGGGUUGUCGUUCCCCUACUCUGGAACUUGGUUAUCAGUACAUCACAGCAAGGUUUCAGAUGAAGAAAGAUGUACUUUGGUAAAUGAGACAAAAUGGCAAUACUACGGUACCCCCAACACUUAUGGAAACUUAACUGUUACCUGGACACCUCAGGCACUUGCAGAAACCCAUGUCAACAUAGAAGUCUGGGGAUACCAUGAAACAGGUGACAGUUACUCAGAAAACUGGUCGGCUGAAUGGAAAUAUCUUUAUACUUUGGCCAGAGCAAUCCCCAAUACAGGGGAACUUACUUUCACUCCUGUACCUGCUGAAGGAGAUUACAGUACGUGGGACUUUGGAAUUUUGAGGAUUACACCCAGCAGCUAUUCUGAUGGGCAGAGCAACAUUCCAUCACUCUGGAGCAAUGACCAUGCAUUGGCUUGGCACCUUGGGAAUGACUUCAGGAAUGACCCGAGUGCAUGGGCAACUGCAAAAUGUAUGGAAUGGGACAGAAAGGAAGAGAAGCUUCCAAACUUCAAGGAAGAAAUUAUAGACUGCCCUUGCACUUUGGCACAGGCAAGAGCUGACACUGGCAGGUUCCAUACAGAUUAUGGCUGCGACAUUGAGAAGGGGAGCGUGUGCACUUACCACCCUGGUGCUGUGCAUUGUGUAAGAGCCAUUCAAGCCAGUCCCCAGUACGCAGCAGGACAGCAGUGCUGCUAUGACUCCACGGGAACACAGAUCCUCACGCAUGACUCCACAGGAGGCAGCACCCCUGAUCGAGGCCAUGACUGGGGUUCACCACCUUUCUUGAAGCCUCCCCGCAUACCUGGCUUUUCCCAUUGGCUUUAUGAUGUUAUCAGCUUCUAUUACUGCUGCCUGUGGUCUGAUAAUUGUCAGUUCUAUAUGAGAAGGCGUCCCUCUAGUGACUGCAGGACGUAUCGCCCGCCUCGAGCCGCAUCUGCUUUUGGGGAUCCUCAUUUCUUGACAUUUGAUGGUCUGAACUUCACCUUCAAUGGCCUGGGAGAAUACGUGUUGCUAGAGUCUGAUCUCACAUCCCUGAGAGUGCAAGGGAGGACACAGCAGGGACGCCUUCCCAAUGGAACUGGAGCUCAGGGGACAGGCUUGUCUGCAGUGGCCAUGCAGGAGAACAACUCUGAUGUGAUUGAAGUACGGUACUCAGAGGAUUUGAAUCUGGAGGUCCUGUUAAACCAGAAGGUUCUCAACUUCUCUGAACAAACCUGGAUGGACCUGAAAGGUCUCUUUCUCUAUUCUACACCUGAUCAGAACAUCACAGUGAUGUUCUCUUCUGGAUCUGGAGUGGAAAUACGGGGAAAAGGAGGAUUUCUGAGCCUGACAGUUCUGCUCCCAGAGAAGUUUAUGAAUCACACACAGGGUCUCUUUGGGGUAAUGAAUGGCAAUACAGAGGAUGAAUACACCUUCAGGAAUAAAACCACCUUGCCAGUUCAUGCAAGUCCCCAGCAGUUGUUCGAGUUUGGAGCUAACUGGGCUAUUGAAAAUGGAAGUUCUCUCUUUACUUAUGACACAGAGUUCUUACUGAACAAUUUCUAUUACGGGGAGAAGCACAAUGCUUCCUUCCUGCCUGUGUUCUUCCCAAAUGAAGACCCUGCUGAUCCCCUGGUAGGAGAGAUGGUCUCACUCUGUGACUCUGACCCGUUCUGCAGAUUCGAUGUCCUGACAACAAGAAGCCUUCAAGUGGGAAAUUCCACAAGGCUAUCUCAUCAGGAUCACAGGCUGCUGGUAGAACAUCUGGAGCCAGUGAUCUCUUGUGGCUGGCUGGACCCUCCAAUCAAUGGAACAAAGAAUGGAACUAACUACCUGCUGGGCUCAACCAUCAGUUUCAUCUGCAAUCAGGGCUAUGAACUCACUGGGUCAAAGGAAAGAACUUGCCAAGCGUCGGGGGCCUGGUCUGGAGACACACCCAGUUGCAUCCAGAAAAUAGCUAUUGAACAACUAAUUCUUCUUGGCUGUGUAUUUGGAAUAGUUGGUCUUGCAGUCCUGGCACGUCUGGCUUUUUUGUGUAGAAAGGAAAGGCACAAAGGAAACCAGAAACUUGUUUCAGAAGUUCCAGUAGAAUAAGAGACAAUGAAAUUCCAGAGGAGUUUUUAAUGAAAUACAGAAAAAGCAUAGCAGAGGAUUAAACUGUCCACAGCAACAAAUAUCUACUUUCCAAACACAAACAAUGGUAUUGUACAGUGUGAUAUAAUUUGAUUUCUGCAAUCAACAUAAUGAGUAUUGAACUGUAUGGGAAAUGCUAAUCAAAUUCCUGAGAUUAUAUCAUGGCAGGCUGAGCAAAAGCCAAUGUUUCUGAAAGCAUCAGUCUCAACUUUACAGGCAGUAGUUUCUUCUGACAGUCACGUCUUUGCCAGCAGAACCAGAGUUCUGACCAAACUGAAAGAGUUCAUGAUUUCUCUGCACUUUUCAUCUUUUACUUGAGAGCUGGUAAAAUGGAAAGAAUAAGAGCCUACUAUCUUAGCAGUUAUCAGGGAAAUAUUUGCCUUCUCUGGGGCCAUGUAAGGCUUACAUAGAUGUGAAAGUGGAUGCACAGUCAGAUGGACUACUGGUAGGUCAGGCUGAAUUUACAGAUUUUUGGAGUUUGUUUUAGUAGAGAGGUAGAUCUACUGACAGUAUUCAAACAGCAUUCUUAUAUUUUGCAAGUCUCUGAACAGAGACUCAAAGUGACGGUUUUGUUUCCUUUCUCACCUAAUUUUAAAAGGAUUCAAUUGGAAAGGAGAGAAGGGAAGUACUCAGAAAAUUAUACGUUUCCUUCCACAUUAAUGUAGAAUGACUUUUUAAAAAUCCAUCUUUAUUCAACUGUCAAAUUAGAGUCCAUCUUCAAAACAAAAAGUCUGUUGGCUGCACUGGAAGUGUCAUCACUCUCUUCAACUACCUGAAGGGAAGUUAUAGCCAGGUGGGGGUUGGUCUCUUCUCCCAGGCAACCAACAACAGGACAAGGGGACAUGGGCUCAAGCUCUGCCAGGGGAAGUUUAGGUUAGAUGUUAGGAAGAAAUUCUUUACAGAGAGGGUGAUCAGGCAUUGGAACGGCCUGCCCAGAGAGGUGGUGGAUUCACCAUCCCUGGAAGUUUUUAAAAAGAGAUUGGACAUGGCCCUUAGUGCCAUGAUAUAGUAAUUAGAGUUGGAUCAGGGGUUGGACUUGAUGAUCUUGGAGGUCUUUUCCAACCCAAUCUAUUCUAUGAUUCUAUGAUUCUAUGUUUUG